AUGAGGAAAGUAGUGGUCGUUGACGGCACUUCUAUGAAAGGCAAGUAUGGAGGAUGCCUCUUAUCGGCAUGCGCACAAGACGGGAAUUUCCAAAUAUUUCCCCUAGCUUUUGCAGUGGUUGACAACGAAAACGAUAACGCCUGGGAGUGGUUUUUCCAGAAGCUGAGCACAUUUGUCACCGACUGCCCCCAGCUCGUCUUUAUCUCGGAUAGACAUGCUAGCAUAUACACUGGCAUGCGAAAGGUGUACAAAGAAGCCCACCACGCAGCGUGUGUGGUCCAUCUCUGGCGCAAUAUUCAGGUACUCUAUAAGAUGCCAAGACUUGGAAACCUAAUGUCUGCUGCAGCUCGGGCAUUCACGAUCACUGAAUUCAAUAGGGUGUUCAUACAAAUCCAGAGAAUUAACCCUGCUUGUGCUUCCUAUCUUGUUGAUAUAGGAUUCACGCAUUGGACGAGGGCACAUUUCAAAGGUCGAAGAUACAACAUAAUGGACUCUAACAUAGCUGAGUCAUGGAAUGCAGCCAUUAAGGAGGCAAGAGAGUACCCACUAAUCAUGAUGCUGGAGUAUAUACGAACAACUGUGAUGGGUUGGUUGGCAUUGCGCCGUGCAAAAGCUAACAACGAGCAGGGAACAUUGACCCCUAACGUGCGUAAACUUGUUGAAGAAAACUAUGACCUCUCAACUGCAAUGGCUGUGCGUGACAUAAGUGAAUUAGAAUUUCAAGUUCAGGACCCUACAGGAGAGUGUUUCACAGUUAGCUUAGCCCUUGGGUCCUGCUCUUGCAGAGAGUAUGACGAAAUCGGAAUCCCCUGUCCCCAUGCUCUAGCUGCCGCGUCGAAGGUUUGGUUCCCAUCAGACUCUCUGGUUGCCUCCGCCUAUCGGAUCCAAAAUUGGAGAGAAGGAUUUGCUGGGAAAAUCUACCCAGUUCCUUCAGUUGGUGGGUCGCAAGUUGGUUCAUCUACCACAACCGAACUCCUUCCCCCAGCCGUCCGCAGGCCAUCUGGGCGCCCAAGGAAGGUGCGAAUCAAGUCUCGUGGAGAGUUCAAGAAGUCAGGACAGUCAUCAUCCAACAGGAGAUGCGCACGUUGUGGCCGUACUGGGCACAACAGGGCAUCUUGCCGCAAUCCUAUAUAA